UGGUAGAUACACAAGCAAGGUUAAAACUUAAAUUUCGUCAGCCACGAGUCACCUUGCCUAGGCCAGGGGCAGGGCUAGGCACGGGGCACUAGGCAAAGAGGCCGCCGGCGGCGUGGCAGAGCUCCUCGCCCUGAGGCUGAGCUGAGGGCUCCUGACUAGCCUGGAGGCGUUCGGGAGUAAAAAUCAUAGUACUAUCGUACCUUUACCCCCUAACGCCUGGCGCGGAGUAUGGCUGAUCUCAAGGAAGACAGGAUUGAUUUCAACAAGCUUGAAAAGGAAUUGAAUGCAGCUGUGGAGGCAGAUGCAUCUUACUGGAGAGAGAAUGAUGCUAAGCUAAGGGCUAUGGAACAACGUGUAGAGACAUACGACCAAUUCAGGGACAUGGUAGCAGCAGCUCACAUCAAGCCUCUUGAUAAAAAAGACAAGAUUGGUCAGGGUAAGCGCCAGCAGCCUUGGAAUCCCUUUUCAUCAUCCAGUACAGCAUCAACAGCUGCUAAAGAUACAGGAAGUCAGGUUCAAUCAAUUACCACCAAGGUUAAGAUCCCCAAGAACGGGCAUGAAUUUACAAAGGAAUGGAGGAACCGAAAAAAGUCUCCAGGCAGCUGCUAUUCCUACCUACUGGAUCUAGGUGGGGACACACUUUCUAGAAUUUUCCGAUCUGAGAUAAGUUUUGGUCUUCUUGGUGAAAUCAUCACAGCACUCGAUAACGAUGCAGAAGAGGGACAUUGUGGGAAGGUAGCGAACAUUUUGAUGUGUCUUACACGAGCAGGAAGGUUCAGUCUUUCAUUGGAUUUUCUGAAUAAAUCUGAAAAGGAAGCUCUAUCAAAGUUAAUAAAUAAGCUGGAGCAAUGGGGACAAGCUGGUGAUAAGACUGGAAAAAACAUUGAUAGGACUCCUCAGAAUGGAGAUAUUGGAGAGACGCCAGAGGUGCAUGAUGGAGGGUCAAAAAGAGAGGAUUUGGAAAAGGAGAGUUUAACAGAUGAUGGAAAAGAAGAGACAGAAGAAGGAUCUUUCCAAGAGAAUUGUGAACAAAUAAUGCUUUCAGCAGAGGAUGCUGAGAAGUUAAGACAUCUUUACAAACUCUCUGAAAAAUGAUGCCAUUCUCAUGAAGUAAGACAUUCCAAGUAUAUUUAUAGCAAGUGAUGCAUGCAAUUUUGCUUGAAAUUAAAUUGUUCAAUGAUUAUUUAUUUGUUUCAAUGAAAAAUGGCUUGACUCAGGCCAAGUUAUACCUUCCUGCCGCCCCUGGCCAUUUUGGGAAAAGCGCAGUACAUGUACAUCAUCAUAAUGAUGAUUAUGGUGAUGAUAAUGAUGAUGAUAAUUAUAUUUGUAUCCAAAUCAGAUGGGUAUAACUUACAUGUAUGUAGAUCAUUUUAUAAUGUUCUUUAAAAUAUUAAAUAUGGCUGUAUUCCCAUGCACAGCAGAGCAGGAUUUUUUAAUUAACUAAUAUAUGUUUCCAACUGUUUACAGGUGAAGUUGCAUAAGUUAACCUUCCAUAAGUCAAAUAGACAUAUAUACCUCUUCUAAGUCAAGUUUCUCCUUAGUAGAACAGAUUUCAAAUGAUUUGACUCAGACAAAGUCACUUUUAGUUGUAGAAUAUUAAAGUCAUUUUGAUACAAAGAAAAGAUGUCUUCAAUGCACAUUUGCAUGUAUGCAUAUAUACAGUGCGUAUCAAAAAAAGUUAACACUUAGAAAAAAUCCUGUAAAAUUGUAUAUUUGUAAUAUCCUGAAGAUUUUUCCACAU